AUGAGAAGGUAUGUACCCGUGUAAAAUGUAGAUGAUGAUUCUACUAAAUAACCCAAAGUUAUUAAACAGUUAGAUAUUUAUGAUAAAAUGGAAUAAUGGGGAGAGUGGCUUUGGAUUAAAGUAUAAGCUGUUCUUUGGAUAUCAGCAGCCAUUGCUAUAGUUUAUUAUUCAAACUUUUUUAAGUAAUUGUUUCACAAUGAAAAUAUCAAUGAGUAAUUAAAAAAAAUCAAAUUAGAUUAUUUCUCACUUUUGCAUUAUUAUUUAUUGGCAUGAGUAUAAGUUUAUCAUUAUAUGCUGCAUUUUAUUUACCUUGCAUAAAAGGUAUAACAGAGGAUAUAGAAACAUAUAAUCCAAAAGCUAUAUAAUUAGGUGCUUUUGCUGGAUUUAUGAGUUUCAUAACGUAUAUAUAUAUAAUUUAUAGUUUAUUAGUUUAAUAAUUGCAAUUUGGCCUGUAUUCGGAUGGUGGAGUUUCCCUAUGUUAUUUGCUAUGUUCUUGGGAUUCAUUAACACAGGACAUUUCUUACCAAAUCAUUAACUAAGUGGUCUCCUUUUUGGAGCCAUUUUUAUUGGAGCCUUCUUCUCACAUUAUUAUAUUGAUCAUGAUGGUUAUAUGCAUUGA